GCUUUUUGUUUAUGGUCAAUGGUCCGCCCGUCUGCCUGCCGAGUGCCACUGCCGAUACGUCCGCCAUAUUUCAUUAUUUUCCUGUCGACAUGCGUGGCACGCGCACGGACUAAGCUGCUCAAGUCAUAUUCUCUAGUUGCUGCUGUAUCCGGUACUUUUCUUCACGUUCAAUUAUUAAACUUGAAAGUUAUGGGCGAUCGCAAAAAUGGAUUAAUGUUCGGACCGGAUUGGAUGCGUAAUGUAGAACGUGAAGAAAGCGCUAGCCGAAGUUCCAAUCAGAACGCAGGAACUGGCACAGCGAGGUCCGGCGGCCACGCGGCUGGCACGUCAGACUCUGACACGGCACGUCACACUGGCACGUCAGGAGUAGCGUCCUCUUCUCAGGGCCGCAAUGCAAACUCUACCCACCAGACGAGAAUACAUCUUGCCAACCGCAGGUAUGGCAGAGAGGAGAUGUUGGCACUAUGUGAGCGCAACGCUGUACCACCAGAAGAGUUAAAAUAUUUUGAUUUGUUAUACCAGACAAGAGAAAAGCAACCAUUUGCUCUUAACACAUUUGAAGAGGAUCGACAAAAUUUGCGGGCUGGUCCUUCUACCAGUGCUAUGGCUACGGAACGAUUCGGCCCCGGGCGCGGCACCAGUCGCGGCUCGGCGCCCGCGGACCGCGGCCGGGGGCGCCAGCCGUUCGUGCGCUACGCUCACACUCCAGGGCAGCCAGUCACUAGAGGGUUCACGGCUUUGCACAGCACAAGCGUCCGUACGCCCAGUUUCAGCACUGGGCCUGACGAGCAGCCAUCCCAACCACGACCUUGGAGUGUCAGUAAUGGCACUGCACAAUCUAACCGGACGGGUGACACGAGCGAGUGGGCCCAGAGCAAACUGUUUCGCAGACGUCCAAAUAAUCACACGAAUUGGCGGCAAACAUCGCGCGAGGACGGUGACGAAUGGCGAAACAACUUGGACAGUACAGGCCGUCAGCCGACGCGUUCUAAUAUAGACGAGCCUCGCUCCUCGCGUGUCGAUAAGUGGGAUCGGGACUGGAGUGACAUCGAUCGGAGGCCUACACAGGAGCGACCGCAGCCCUGGAGCGCCACGCGCCGCACCUGGGGCGGCGGCGACACUACCAACGAUGACAACUUGCCAGAAUGGGUGAAUGUGAAUGCUGAAGCUUGCUCAGGCACGUUUGACUCUUCAGGCGCUUUCCACGGCUACAGUAAUGAUGACUCCAACAUCCCCCAAACUCAGGAAACUAAUCACCCAAUAACACGUUCCCAAACCCACGGCAGUUUUUCUCGAAGCAAGGCACCAGACGAGGGAUCAGAGGAGUGGUGGGCAUCAGAAAAAGCCAAGAAACUCUCACCCAAACGAUUCAAUCUGCCUCAAACAUCUACAUUAGCUGAGCCCAGGCCGAGCACGAGUUACGUACAUGAACAAGAAGUGGAGGAAAAUGAAAACAUAGCAGAAAAGCCUUACUCCAGUGAGCUCGACCCAAAUAAUAUGAACACUCCGGAAGAUCCACCUCAGUACAGUGCCGGCACACAAAGUUUCUCUGAUGCCAGUGUGUAUGGUGCAGUGCCCCGCUCGGACGCAGGUUUCUCUGAGUCAAGUGAGGAACGGAACAGCUAUCAAUCUGUAAUGAUUAACCCUAAUAAUGACUUGCGUCAGAAACAUCAGAACAUUGUCACCGCUCCAAUGGACCGGCUGAGACCUUUGUAUCAUAUGAUGGCCAGAACUGCCAUACAGGACAAUACAGAAAUGGAAGAGACUAUCGGCAACAUGUUGGACAUGGCGCUGAGCGACACUAGUCUACCGCCGACCAACAGCGCGCACCAGCUGCCGGCCGCCCCGCCGGCGCACAGCCUGCAGAUGCCGCCGCCGAACCUGCAGAUGCCGCCUCCCAAUCUGCAGAUGCCUCCGCCAAACAUCCAGUUGCCUCCACCAAACAUGCAGAUCCCUCCGCCCAACUUGAUCCUCCGAGCUCCGGGGCUCAACACGCAGCUGAUCAGCAAUGCUGCGAUGGCUCCCGGCCUCGGCGCCGGAGCCACGAGACAAAUUCACAACAUUGGCAUUCAAAACCAAGCACUCAAUACGGCUUUGGGCUUGACAGGUCACAACAAUAUUGGUCACUCGGAUACGCAAAGGACUUUGCCAACUGUGACACAUUCCAGACCAGUCAUGGGCACAUUCAGCCAGGACAAUCUGUCACUCAACAUGGCCAACAAUUCGCUAUUCAUGGAACACUCUAAUCCACAACAGCCACGGUCACAGACACCGACCGACACGCCUCUCGCUAAUGUACAAGAGCAUCAUCAGAGGCUCCUGUAUCCCAUCGGCAUGCUGCGGCCUGUGAUGGAGGCAGACUUCACCCCGAUGAUGAUGAAUACUUCCACAUCGGAAGACCAGUGGUAUUAUGAAGAUCCGGCGCAAGUGGUUCAGGGCCCCUUCACAUCUCAGGAAAUGUUACGUUGGUUUGAUGCAGGCUUUUUCAGCCCCUCUUUGAUGAUCCGAAAAGCGACUGAGACUCAAAUGCGUCCUUUGGGCUCCUACGGGUCAGUAGUGCCAUUUGCGGUCAAUUUUAUGGACAGUACACAAAAUUUUCAUUCUUCUGUUCCCAUGCCUUAUGAUAUGGUCCGCUCGUCGCAGGAAUUAUUCAACAAUGCAAGUGGUGCCAUGAAUGACAGCCUCUGGGGCCAAGCGGCCGCGCCGGCGCAGCCGGUGUGGGUGCAGCAGCGCCUCGCCAACCAGGGCCACAUCGUGAACAACCUCCCGCCGUGCUUCUGGGAGUUCGCGCCAAAUGCCAGCGCGAUGAAUUUGCCUGCCGAUAUAGUGAAAGAGAUGAAAACCGAAGAUCAGAUACUGGCGCAGUUGCGAGCCUCGCAGAACAUACCGCUGCCGCCGCAGAACGUGUCUUUUCUGAACGACAACGCACCGGCAAUCGCGACCAGCUCUGCAAAUAUUAGCAUCGGCGAAGACAGUUUCGACGUUCGAGCGACUCCCGACUUGGAGAAGUUGCAGCAGUUGAUCAACAGUGAGACGCUGACUCAGUCGAGCGAGUCUAAAUCUGAGAGCGAGGAAUCCGAGACAAAAUGUGAGGUGUCUGGGAAAAUAGACACGUCAACUGCAUCCGGGGUGGGCAAAGUUCAAGCUAGUCAACCGAAACAAACCGGCGGCAAGGCAAGCAAACAGGCCAAGGGCGAGACCGACAAAGCUGCCAAGGCUAAGGACGGCAGCAGCAGUGGCAAAAGUAAGAAGAAGAUCAAAGAAGACAAGAAGGACGAGCCAGAAACCAAAGUGAGAGAAGGAGAUAUUAAGUCUGAGAAGCCCUCAGCUGAAUCGUCGCCGUCGAAGAGCAAAAAAGAAGAUAAACAAAAUAAGAAAGAUAUGGAAAAAGAGAAAAAGGAAUGGAUCAAGGAAGGAUUCACUAUCGUGAAAGGAGCUGAGAAGAACAACAACAAAGAAAACAAGAAGAAACUAGAAGAAGCCAAGGCGCUCGAGGAAUUGGAGAGAAAAAAGAAAGAGGAAGAGAAAUUAGUAGCUGACGAAGAGAAGAAAAAGAAGCAAAAUAUGCUGGAUUUAAUUGAUAAGAAACAACAGGAACAGCAGCAAAGGCAGAUAUUGGAGUCGCUCAUAAAGAAGGCACCGUGGUCGGCGGCCAAUCAGACGGUGGCGACCAACAAGGGCGGACUCUCUAUGUCCGAGAUACAGCGCCUCGAACGCGAGAAGAAGCUGGAGCAGAUCAAAGAGCAGCAGCACAUGAUGCACCUCAUAGCGCAGCAGCAGGCCGCGGCCUUGGCGAGGGAGCAGGAAAUCCAGGCAAAUCUAGCUUGGGCCAAGAAUCAUUUAGACAACAAUGGCUCUGGAGCAACCUUAGCAGAGAUUCAGGCGGAAACGAGACGGCAAUCAGCAGCACCCAUAAGCGCGGUCUCCCAAUCCAUAGAGGACAUACCCCUCCCGCCGCUCAUACUGCUCCCCUCCGACAUCGCACAAUGGGGAGGCUCUACUAAUGGAGGUGGAUUCUGGGACACGCAGCCCGCGGCGUUGAAAGCUGAGAAGCCCCCAGAGCCGGCGAAGCCUGCGGAGCCAAAGAUCAAGAAGAAAGUCGCCCCUCCCGUCGUCAUUGUCAAGAGGGAGACCUCGCCGACCAGCGAGUUUGAGACCUGGUGCGCCACUGCUCUCGUUUUGUGGAGGACCAAGAUUGACGUGCCGACUUUCGUCGGUUUCCUGAAAGAUAUCGAGUCGCCGUAUGAAGUGAAAGACUAUGUCAAGUGCUAUCUCGGCGACACCAAAGAAUCCAAUGACUUCGCGAGACAGUUCCUCGAGAGAAGGUCUAAGCUGCUGCGUGUCGGUAUGGUGACGCCGUCCGACGACUUGUGUUCUCCGGCCAUAGCUGUCAACCCGCGCACGCCGCUCUCGGACUACCAAGAGGUUAAGGGUAAAGGCAAGAAAUCAAAAAAGAAUAAAAUGCUCAAAGUGGACGCCCGUAUACUCGGCUUCUCCGUCACAGCGUCCGAAGACCGCAUCAACGUAGGAGACAUCGACACCGCAUAGUGCGCCGCCGACGCGUGCGCACACGCGGCGGCGCAGUGACUGCCUCGCGGUCGCCGCUGUGACUACAGUCGCAUACGAACAGUUGACACCAUCAGUUAAGUGACACCAUUUAAGUUUAUUAUGAAAUUAAUUAAUUAUAUUUACAACAAUAGGGUGGUUGACUCAUAUCAAAUUAAAUUUAAACAAUAUUAAUUUCGUAUAGUACAUAAAUUAAGGGUCCGAAAUGUAUCUAUAUUAAUUAAUAUAAGUCAAUAGUUUCUUAUGAAACUUAAUUUAAAAAUUAUGUAUUUUUAUUUUCCAAAUGUCAAAAACGCUGUCGUCCAUUUUGUGAUGUCACAAUGUUACUUAUUAGGGAUGCAACAUCGAUGUGCAAAAAUAUCAAUGAUAAGGGCGACAUGUCGAUGUUAUAAUAACAAUAAUAAUUGUUUAUUGAUUCACAAGUAUCUUUCAUUAAAUCAUUAACAUCCUAGUGUGGAGAUCACGGUAGAUCCGUGAUCUCCGUGAGUUAACGUCACUUUUGACACGUCAGUUUUCUUUAAAAAUAUGUCAACUAGCCUAUUAUUUUAAUUGAAUUAUUUUAAUUUUAUCGAUUUCAAUUUUAUUUUAUUUACUUACCUACUCAAUGUUAUUAUUUUAAACUGCAUCAAUGAAUUAACCAAUAUAAGUUGAAUAAUUUCAAGAUAAAAAUUAUUAAUAUUUCUAUAAAAUUAAAUAACAAGAGCAGUGAUAGCCCAGUGGAUAUGACCUCCGCCUCCGAUUCCGGAGGGUGUGGGUUCGAAUCCGGUUCGGGGCAUGCACCUCCAACUUUUCAGUUGUGUGCAUUUUAAGAAAUUAAAUAUCACGUGUCUCAAUCGGUGAAGGAAAACAUCGUGAGGAAACCUGCAUACCAGAGAAUUAUCUUCAUUCUCUGCGUGUGUGAAGUCUGCCAAUCCGCAUUGGGCCAGCGUGGUGGACUAUUGGCCUAACCCCUCUCAUUCUGAGAGGAGACUUGAGCUCAGCAGUGAGCCGAAUAUGGGUUGAUGACGACGAAAUAACAAGACAAGCUAAAUUAGGAAAUCUGUGUAAAAUAUUUUAAUUAUAUUUAAAUGGGUAUAUACUCGUACAUAUAUUUUAUUUAUUUUGUAACUUUUAGUUAAUUAUUUUAAUUUACAAUUAAGUUUUAAAAUAUUUUAACUGUUUUCAGUUUAACUUCAAUUAUUUCAAUUUUUGUUUAUUAAUUCCUGUAAUCCAUAUUAAUCAUUUACUAAGGUUAUUAUUUUAUAAUACACCAACGAAUUCAAAAUUAUGAACUUCGAUUGUAAACUAAAAGACCGAUAUUUUUGGACCCAGCAUGUUAUGAAAAGAAAAUCUUUUAUGUUAUAAUAAAUCAAACCACCAAAAAUUUAAUUUGUCUUUUUAUUGAAAUAAUGCUUUUUUUUAAACAAGUUUAAAAGUGAUAUAAAUAAAUGACAAAAAUUUUGGCAUUGUAACAUUUCAUUCAUCAAAUCUGGGCCUAUCGAUGUGUAGUGUUGUUGUAUAAAUGUUUAGUAAAAUAACUUGUUAAUAUAAAUUUUAUAUUAGGUACCGUUUAAAAUUGAACUAUAUUUUAUGUUAAAGAAAUGAAACAAAUCGAUAUAGUUAUUGUGGCAUAGGAUUGUCGGUUGUAUUUUGACGUAACGCCACAACUUGCCGUGUGCGUCACCGCUAAGGAACGUCGGCCAGUGAUGUUAAAUACUAUUAGAUGUGUUACAAGAUCAUGAAAAAUGAGGCGAUCAAAAGAGGAAAUUUCCAAAUCUCAAUGUUACUUGUGGUCAUCAAAGAACGUUCAUCAUCUUCAUCUCCUUACCCUUAUCCCACUUAAGUGGGGUCGGAAAAAUAUGUCAAUCUUUUCCAUUUGUCUCUAUUACUCGUCAACUCAUCAUCCACUCCUUUUACACACAUGUCCUCUUUCACACAAUCCAAACAUGUCUUCUUUGGCCUUCCUCUCCUCUUAUGUCCUUCCACUUGCACAUUCAACGUUUUUCUAGUAAUAUGACUUCUACCUUCUACUCCUCAAUUUUUCUGUCACUGGCGCCACCUUCAGACUUCCUCUUAUAUACUCAUUUCUUAUUUCACCACACAUCCAUCUCAACAUACGCAUUUCGUUCACAUGCAUUCGUUUAAUAUCCGUCCCUUUCACCGCCCAACAUUCUGAUCCAUACAGCACGACAGGUCGUACAACCGUUUUGUAUAUUUUACCCUUAAGUCUAAAAGGCAUUUGCGGGUCACAUAGUACACCUGAGACCUGUCGCCAUUUCAUCCAUUCAUUCUACUUUUCACGUCUCGGUCCACAUUGCCAUCGUUUUGUAAAAACGACCCGAGGUACCGAAAAUCGGAGCAAGCUGGUAGGGUUACACCAGUUAAGGCAAUUUUGGAAGAUUGAGAUGUGCCGCCAAAGUCCAAGAAUAAAUAUUCAGUUUUCGUUUGACUGAUUCGUAGGCCAACACUCCAAUUUCUCCUGCCAUUUUCCCAGUCUGCUCUGUACCUCAGAUGCGUUUUCUCCGACAAGCACAAUAUCAUCGGCAAACAGCAUACAUCAAGGUGCUUCUUCCUGUAUGUCUGAUGUCAGAGCAUCCAUUACUAGGAGAAACAAAUAGGGACUUAAAGCCGAUCCUUGGUGUAAGCCCACCUCCACUUGAAACUUGUCAGUAACAUAUACACAGCUUAAAAAUACUGCAAAAGACCGGAAGAGUUUUCUACACAUGACCGCCAAACUUCAGCUGGAAGAAGGCACCUAAUGAUGAUGAUGAACACCAGCUUCUGACCGUAUGCUCGUGCAUGCAUCUCUAUACAUUUCUUUCACUAUUCUAACAUACUUCCCAGGUAUUUUCUUCACGUUCAUAGCCCACCAUACAACCUCACGGGGUACUCUGGUCAUCAAAGAACGUUAUUUAAACAAAAUAAUACCUAAAUAUCGCCUACAAUGUCGAGUUGUGUGUUCAGGAAGUGUAAAAACUAUAUAUACAUAAAUAUAUAAUGGAAUUAAAGAGAAAAUUGUGCAUGUGUGCGCUCAGUUUUGUAGCCUAUUGUUCGGAUCACUUUUUUGCGGUGAUUUUGUAGGGAAGUAACCGAUCUAUAGUAUAAAAUGAUCAUUGACGUCGGCACAGCUGAAGUGCGUUGUUGAAUUGUUAUAGUGCGUGUGGCAUAGGUAGCAACCAUGCACACACGUGAUCAUUAUAAACAUAUUUCUGUUUUGCUAACAUUUCUUCAGUUUCACAAAGUGACGCGACAGUCGAACGCCUGUCUAUUACAUAUACACAAUAAAAUGUAUGGACUAGCAGACACCCUGAAAUAGAAUAUCUAUCACUGAAUUUGUAAAUUUAUUCAAGUGUAAAUAUUAUACUGAUAAAUACAGUAAAACUAAUUACUUUUAAAUUAUGUAGUUACUAAAAAAACAUUUUAUUAGCUUUAUAAAAUAAGUAAUAACUAAUAUAUACUUGUUUGAUCGUUAAUUUUCAAUGUGCAUGAUUGUGAUGUAAAUCUCUAUGUGAUGUAGAUAUAUAACAGAUGUAGCUCAAAUGAUAAAACUUGGAGGCUUAUAUAUUGUAAACUUUUUUUCACUAACUAAAUUAAAUUUGUUUUAUAAAUUUAUAUUUAAUUUAUAGUAUUAAUGAUAUUGUAGGCCGAUUCGGCGGUGAAGUGAUGAUGCAAUCUAAGAUGGAAGCGGCCAGACCUGGACCAAUUAAGAAAACCUCAAUCGGCCCAGCCGGGGAUCGAACCCAGAACCUCCGUCUUGUAAAUCAUCGCGCAUACCACUGCGCCACGGAGGCCAUCUAAAUGUGCAUGCAAUAUAUCUAUAUAAGCUUAAUUUAAUUAAUAAUAUAAUAAUGAGAUUGGUGUUUUAGUUUUGCUGUAUUUAUUUAAUUUUAAUUUAAUUAUUAAUAUUAAUAUAUGUGUAUGAAAAGCCACAUCGCGUUAUAAGUAAUGGUAUGUUAUUUUGUAGUAUAGUAAUGAAUGUCGGUAAUCCAUGUACAUUGUAUAGCUAGGCAGUGCCUUUGUUGUUACGCGAGUGAGAGAUAUUUUCUAGUUACUGAACAAAAAUAUCUGAUUGUCUACAUCGGUAGUUAACGUCUAUUUUUAUCGAUUAAUGAAUUCAAUUUGCAGUUCAGGAAAUUGCGUGUUGAAGUCGAUGGAAUUACAAAUAUGCGCCCAGUACCCGAUGUAGCGCAAUACUUUAGAAGCAAUAACGAUGUGUUGUAUUUGUUUUCUUCUUACUAGGUUUAGUGUAUGAGCAAUUGAAAUAUGAGAUAAAAAUGUAUUUAUUGAUACAACGCUAUGGUGGUGGCCUCUGGUGUGCCUGAAAUAGUUCAAAACAGGGCCAAGACUUAAAGCUGUUCUCGAUACUCCACUUAAUGAUACAGUUUCAUUAUUUCAGUGAUACAAUAUUAGAAGACAAAUGAAAUGCUCACCGUGUGGUGAUGUUUUGUCUUACAUUACAUACACAUUGCGUCUUCUGCGGUCGUGUUGUUGGAACGGGCGGUCGGGGAAUGACUUCGUGAGGCACGACGUUCACAGUGACAGUGAAGUACUAAUCGCUAUCUUAAUAUUGUAGGAUGCAGCCCAAUGUUCUGUUACAUCGAUAGAAUAUGUUUUAGAUAGAGUAUCUAUAGUAAUACGGUAACAACUUACUAUAGUCGCACAUAAUUUAUUUUAACCUGGCGUGUGCAAUAAUUGUGACAUAAACUUAUUCAUAACCGUACGUCGUACCGGUUUUAUUUGUAUGAAAAAUGUUGGUGAAUGAAGAUGAUUAUUUGACGUCAAGGGCACAAUAUGAUUACGCGCUAGGUGUAAAUAGUUUAUCCAUUCUGUAUAUUUUCCUACGCAUAUUUUAGUCAAAAAAGCCUCCCCCGAUAGCUUCGCUUAUGAUGUGUUCCAAUAAUCCGACCAGUACUGGACGAAUGUGUUAAUGUUGCGAUAAUUAUAAUGAUGUCAAUUGUACACGAUUACCUGUGCACCUGUGCGCUGCUCUUGUAGCGGGCCACUGUCUCGUGGUGUGCUGGAGUGGUGCCGGGGGGCGGGGAAGGUGUCUCCACACGCCGUCACCUGCCGAGUGCACAGUGAUGGCGGCGCGUUCUCUAUCGCUCGUCAUAAUAUUGCCAUCUAUUUACGUACUGUUAUAUGUUAGCUAUUUGUAAUUAUAUUUCUUGUUAUAUUAAUAAUAAUUCGAUAAAUAAUAACAUGCACUAAUGUGUCUGUUUUCAGAAGGAAAUGUAAAUACAAAUAAAUAUUUAACAAUUAAUAAAUAAUAAUAAUAAUUAUAAUAAUAAUUUUAAUUUCUGUAUGGGAACACCUUAGUUGGGUGACGUUGGUAAUUACUUUUAUUGUUGUUAAUUUUAAUUAUAAGUUUUUAAAAAUGUCUGUGGGUAAUUAAAGUAGAAUAUUAUUGUACAGAAUAACAACUUUUGUUUGUGUUUUAUGCAAUGUAUUGUUGUGUAACCAUUUGUAAAUACUCCCAAUAGCUAUUGAUGACUCAUGUUUUACUUUGUAGUCAAAUGUCCUAACAGAUACCUGCUAUGCAAUAUUAGGAGUUAAGUUAAAUGCAAACGACAGGUUCCUUCCAUCCGAACCACUCGGCCCUUCAAACAACACUGUACCUCGUUCGCACGGACCUUGAUGACCAUUGUUUCGAACAUGUUAUCGCGUGCCGCUUGUAUUUACUUCUGAAUGUAUGUGGUUUCUAUCUCUUCAGGGGCGUGGCUACCGCCGCAUAAGCCGUAUCAAUGAUAAAUUCGGAAAACACGGAGAGUCACCUUUGGGCGGUGGGCAAACGUUUAAGAGGUAGCCGAUAGAGCUUCAGCUUUGAGAGCUCUCGCCAAGCCUAGAAUGCUACGUGCGAUGGGUCGAGCGGUCUUAGCAUAUUGUCCCAUUGUCCGUUACGGAGGCGUCCAUCGUCUCUGGAGAUUCCCGAGUAAGCCUGCAUUUCGUCGUGUCGGUUAUUCUGAUUGUUUUCUAUCUGUAUCACAUACCAGUGUCUAGUAUCAACGAGCAAUCGAAAUCGAUGCCGAUGCACAAACGCACGAAAAACCCAAAUGGUGCGCUGACGUCCGUCCGUGUGCCGGCGCGCUCGCACCGUGACCGCACUAGUGCGUCAGCGCACGCUCGCUCAAUUUGUGAAUAGUCAUGCGAAAUUUUGACGUUGACUUACGAAGGUACUUCUUGUUUGCAUUUAUUAAAUUUGACCUUUCUCACAUACGCUUUUAUUUUUAAUAGUAACAUUCUCUUUGUAGUUGACACUUGAUUGUAGUAUAGUUCGUCUGCUUUGGAAGUCUGGCUUUGUUGCCAAGCGUUGGACAGUGGACAGUUGACAGACCGUUGUGUAAAGCUGAAGGGACGUUCUUGACAAAACGUUCCGUCAGUUUACACUCACAGCCGCGUUGAUUGGCCGAGGCUGUCGGCUGUCGUUGGACGGAGUUUCCGAAAAAGACAACUGUACAAUAAUGCCGGUAGGUAUAUCUAGUAAUAAGCUAAAGUGAAUUGGUGUGAAAUCUGUUAUUUUUGAUGUUGAAAUUCAUAUUGUUAAUGUUAAUUGUUUGUCGUAGAUGGAUUCAGCAAAGUGUGUACUCUGAAAGUAAUUAUCGCAAACUAUAUAGUUGUAAAAUAAAAAUGUCCUCAUCAUGUCUAAUGAAUUUGUGUCACGAGUGAGAAAGGAUAAAUUUGUAAAUAACAUUAUUAUAAUUAUAGUUUGUGUUAUGUUGUGUAGCUACGUACAUAAAUAUAAUGUAAGUACGUAAUGUACGUUACGAAACCAGAUGUCAAACGUUUGCACCGGAUGUUUAUUGAUUCAAAAUGGAUUAUUUGUUUCAAGUGCGCUUACUGUAGGCACUUGGCAAGUGAAAAGUGAAGUCGGUCUAUGCAGAGACAUCGUUAUAUGCCUACUAGUAUACAACAACAAUAUGUAAAUUUAAUAGUGUAGUAAUGAAUGUUCAAGUAAACACUAAACACUCGCUGCAGAUGUAUGUACUCUUGACCUUUCUAGUGUUCUCCACAGUGACGCACGUAACAUAGCCCAAGAGCUGGUACACUUGUUUGAGUUUUUUAAGCACCGUGAAAAAUUAUUUCAUACUUCUGACAUAUGUGCACAAAUGGAGACCAAGUAAAAAGUUUUUAGCAACCCUUUAAAGUUGUCACUCUGGCUAAAUGACCUACUUGAAAUUGUUUUCUAGUUCUCCUCUACUGCUAUAAGUUAUAACAUGACUAUUUAGAUAACAUGACAUGAGUUAUAAACUUAUAACUUGUUAAAUUUUAACUUCCUUUAUGACUGAAUGAUUAGUGAAAAAUCGACUUAUUUUAAAAACAGCACGCUCCUGUUUAAAUUUCAUUUUUUAUCACAAAAAUACCAGUGAAUAGUUGUCACUAAAAUCAAAUCUAAUUAAAACUGCAUAUACAUAUACAUCUGUCAAUUUAUAUUUAUCACAAAAUGACUAGAGAAAAAUCGACUCUAAAUAGAAAUCUAAUUAUUAAAAAUAGCACUUAUGUAAAUAAGUGUGUCCACAGAACUUGUGUCGUGUUGCGUUUACCUCUCGGAGCUCACAAAGCGUUUGAGCGGCUAACAUUAAGAUAUAGUGACUAAUUAAUUUUAUUAUUAUUGUAAAUGAUUUGUUUUAGAAUCGUUGUUUGUAUAAUGAAUUAAAAUUUUCUCAUCAUCAAUGUAAAUGCUUUAGUUUGAAUAAAGUAAAAAAUGAACGAUAUAAAUUCUUAAUGUAUAAA